UAUGGUGUGAUAUAUGUCAAAAAAUUACUGUCAGUGAUUGCGAUGAGGAUCCUAACAUUAUUUAUUUCUAUAUUUUUGCCAAAUUUAAUUAGAGCAGAUUUGUCCAACAGUCUUGAAGAAGGAAAUGAUUCCUCUAGAUAUACUAUUGAGGGCAGAGUAUUUCCCUUGUCUGAUUAUCAAACCUCACAAACCAACUGGCAAACAAGUACAAGAAUUUUGGUGAAUGGAGGUGAAUAUAUUGGAUUUGUUAGAAAAGAUGGAUCAUUUUAUGUUAAUAAUGUGCCGAGUGGUUCGUACGUACUAGAUAUUUUAAACCCUGAUUAUACAUUUGAACCUGUAAGGGUUGAAAUUAAUUCUAAAGGAAAGUUCCGUGCUAGAAAAGUAAAUUUCAUUCAGUCAACAGUGGUACAGCUGCCAUAUCCUUUACGAGUUAAAGCUUUAUCAAAAACCAGAUAUUUUCAAGUAAGGGAGCAAUGGAGACUAACAGAUUUCUUGUUCAACCCAAUGGUCAUGAUGAUGUUCCUGCCACUACUACUUAUUAUGAUUUUACCAAAGAUGAUGAACGAUCCAGAAACAAAAAAAGAAAUGGAACAGAUACAAAGUCUAACAAAGUUUGAUAUGCCAGAAAUGUCUGACUAUGUUUCAAACUUCCUGGCAGGCAAUAGUGCUAGUUCUAAUCAACAAAAUAAAAAGGCUGUUAAAAGCAAAAAAAGGCAAUAGAUUAAUGUAAUUUUGUGUUGGACACACUAUUUAUUUUAACAUAAUUUGUAUAGUCGUAAUUUUGUUAUGUAAUUACUAAAUUGUCACUGAUCAAAUAAAACUACAAGUUAUAA